AAGCCUACCUCCCAUCGGAGAUGCCGCUCGAUCUGGCUUUGGGACCCAGCCAACCGUUUUCAAGAUGGCACGUGUUUUGGAUCGUGAGCCGACUCCGCUGUUCUCGCGCUUGUCUCGCGCGCACACUGGUACACCUCUUGUCUUUUCACUUGUUUGACCAUUGUUCCGCAGUUGCCUGCGUCGCCAACGAAAACGAGAAGUCUCUAGUAUCACACCUCCUUCCGUCAACUACACGCUCGAGGAACUGUGAUACGGCUUACGUCGUGCGACUCGUCUAUCGAACGACAUGCUUGCGACACGCGCUUGGGAGGCUACCUAAAUGUUGAACAGGGAAGGAUGUCGAUGGAAUGGGCGAAGUAUCGAGAGUGUCAUGUCAUCACACUUGUCCCGCGCGCCCUUUUUGCUACGCACACAAUGCACAAGUUUUAUGCGUUGCUUGUUCGACAUCAUCCUUGUCUACAUUGGGUGAUUCUUGAAUUGGCCCAUCGGAACAAGAAGACACAUCAAUAUUCGAGCCUUAUGUUGCACGGAACUACAUACACUGUAUCUGGGGGGGACAAAUCAAG